AUGGUGGAUUCUGAACGUCAUCAACUCCAUGGUGCCCUUGUGAAUUGCCAAAGCCCACCGAUGAAUUGCUAUGUAGACCCUCACGAGUAUCUUAUCAAAUCUCACACCAGUAUUAUGUGUCGACUCGAGGAAAAUGAUGGACAUUUCUUCUAUGACGAUAAGAGUUGCUCAUUCCGAUUCUACUUCCGUCGCAGUUUUUGUGCAUUUGAAUCUCAGUGCUACAGUAUGACAAUCACUUGUGAAGAUGCUACCAGUCCAACUCCGCUGUUGAUGAUUUGUAGGUACUCGCACGAAAAUGAAUCUAAAGAAGUUUUAGGUACGUUUCCAGCAGUGAUCUUUGUAUUUGGUGUGAUCGUCUGUAUCGUGUUCUGCGUCCUGAGUUGUUAUAGAAGAUGCUGCGUCAAGGAACGAAGCACGAAUAUCCAGAAAGCGGAAGAAGCCUUCGAAAAAUUGCGCUCGGACAUGCAUGAACCGAUCGAAGAAGUAUGUGAGAAACAGCAAAAACGGAAUCAAAACAACUACGUUCCAAUGCUUCAAGAAACUCAUUUCUAA